UCCGUCUCCCCACACACACACCACUCUCUCUCUCUCUCUCUCUCUCGUUUGUGUGAACGACGAGAAUGGGAGCUUGCUACAACGAAGACCAGCCGAGGUUCAGCUACGCAGCAUCAAUGGAGGAUCCGCGAUCCUCGAAGCUUGUUCACGAUAACGUCCACGGAAACAUCUAUCUCGAUCAAUAUCAGUGGAUGAAAUUAGGCAGCAUCUACCGUGCCUAUUCUUAUUUAGAAGCUUCACCUGACUUUAAGCCAUUGGUGCUCUGUAAAUUCUUAAAAACUUUAUUAUGUUUCUGUGGAUUGCAGCUCUCUUUGAAGUUCAUCGAUACUGAACAGUUUCAGAGACUUCGCGAUCUAAAGCAACUCGGUGUAACACACUUGGUUUAUCCAGGGGCUGUACAUUCUCGGUUUGAGCAUUCACUUGGGGUUUAUUGGCUAGCUUGUGAAGCUAUUCAUAGAAUUAAAAACUACCAAGGCCUCGAGCUUGACAUUAAACCUUUUGAUAUUCAGACAGUAAAACUUGCUGGAUUAUUGCAUGAUGUGGGCCAUGGGCCUUUCAGCCACUUGUUUGAGCGCGAUUUUCUUCCCCGGGUUGUCAAUGGCUCCAAAUGGUCUCACGAGGAAAUGUCUCUAAAGAUGAUAGACCACAUAGUUGAUGUGCACAACAUUGAUAUUAAACCUGAUAUUCUUAAGACAGUGAAGGAAAUGAUAAUUGCUAGCCCUGAAAAUGCUCCAUCAAAAAGUUCAAAAGAAAAGCGUUUCUUAUAUGAUAUUGUCGCAAAUGGUCGAAAUGGAAUAGAUGUUGACAAAUUUGAUUACAUUCUUCGUGACUCUCGUGCCUGUGGACUAGGCUGCAAUUUCCAGUUUCAGAGGCUAUUGGAAAAUAUGCGAGUUAUCGAUGAUGAAAUAUGUUAUCGUGCUAAGGAACGUCUUACGAUCCACCAUUUAUUCACCUCUCGUGCUGAUCUUCAUCGACAAGUAUAUAUGCAUGCCAAAGUAAAGGCAAUAGAACUCAUGCUUGUAGAUGCCCUGACAAAAGCAAAUGAUCAUCUUCAAAUUGCAUCCAGCAUUCACGAUCCAGCUGCUUACUGGAAGUUAGAUGACACAAUAAUAAAAACCAUUGAAAUUGAUCCCGACCCAGCGCUCAAGGAAUCUAGAGAUCUGAUCCUACGGAUCCGGAGAAGGGACCUGUACCAGUUCUGCAACGAGUUUGCUGUUCCCAAGAACCAGCUGGAGCACUUCAAAAAUGUCACUCCCCAAGAUAUCAUUUGCUCCCAGAAAACUGGUGUUACGCUGAAGGAAGAAGAUGUUGCUGUCUGCAACGUCAAAAUUGAUUUGACCCGUGGAAGGAAUAAUCCUGUUGAAUGGAUCAACUUCUUCAAGGACUAUGACAGCGAAGAGAAAUUCCACAUACAGGACGACUGCAUCAGUCACUUGCUGCCUGCAUAUUAUCAAGAUAUGAUAGUGAGGGUGUACUCUAAAAAGCCUGAAUUGGUUGAAGCAGUUUCCUUGGCCUUUGAGAAUUUUCAGACGAGGACGUAUGGGAGGAAAAUCCAAGUGCACGCAACUCCUGAGAAAAAGAAACACCGAAGGUAAUACUUCAAUUGUUUGCCUCAUCUUGCUUUCCGAUGGAUAAAAUGUACAUAUUCCACAAGCAGAUGUGUAAAGAACUUCUCUCUCUAAACUAUGAUAAGUACAGCUUGAUUUCUGUUUGGUACUCUUAUGUACGUGAUGUUUUAAGUUCCAGAACAACUUUAACAUGCCAAAUUAUAGUGGCAUUUGAAAGCUUUUGACAAAGAAAUUCUAUUUCCACACACUUUUUAGUCUUUGUACACACACUUAAUGAAAUAAUUUUUUAUUACAAUUUUAUCAUAAAAUAAAAUGACCAUAAUGGA